AUGAAGUACACACUUACCGCCAUAGCCCUUGCGGUGACAACGAUCGCUGCUCCGACCAAUCAAGCACCCGACUCAUUCAAGAUCACUAAAGUCGUCUCUGGCGGCUCGGGUUGCCCCCAAGGCAGUAUCGAUGUCAACUGGACUGACAAUGGCAUCCUGCCCAUCUACUUCAACCAACAAUUCACAGCCCGCGUCGGCGCCGGGAAGACGGCAGAAGACUCGCGAAAGAACUGCCAAAUCAAUCUCGGUCUCGAAUUCUCCUCUGGCUUCUCCUUCGCCAUCUUCAGCGCGGACUACACCGGUUGGGGCGACCUUGAUAGUGGUGUCACUGGUGUCGUAAAGUCAACGUACUACGUCUCUGGUCAGCAAAGCCAGUCGUCGUCAGCACUCAGCAUCGAUGGUCCGUUCCAUGGCAAAUACUACAAACAGGAUAAUGUGCCGGCUGCAGUCUGGUCACCCUGCGGUGGUGAUGCCCUUUUCAACAUCAAUAGCGAAGUAGCGCUAACACCAUUUGCUACACCGGCUAAUGGUGUGCUCGCUGCAACGCGCGAGGCGGGUCGCUUUACGUCGAAUUUGUACGUUCAGUGGAGAAAAUGCUAUGAUCCACAAGGGAAUUCCACAAGGUACUCGGGAAGAGGUUCGUCCGUUGCGAAAGGCCCUACUACAUUAAACGCCAAUAUGUCUCCAGGAAAAGUCUCAACCCUCGAUUUCGAGACGUUCUAUAACAUCGUCGAUGGCAAGCAGCGCAGCUCAGACAAGAUUCACCAUGGUAUCAACCCCGCCACUGGUCAAGAGCUCUGGGACGUACCAAUUGCGAGCGAGCAAGACCUGAAUGACGCAGUUGCGGCUGCGAAGAAGGCGUUCCCCGCAUGGAGAGAUACCCCGAUUGAGAAGAGGAAGGAGCUGCUGAACAAGAUUGUGGAAUCAUACCAGCAACACAACGAUGACUUCGUCAACCUACUGUGCAAAGAGUCUGGCAAGCCGAGAAAAUUCGCUGCCAUCGAGGUUGGUGCCGUUGCUGGAUUCAUCGGUCACCAUUUGACACUUGAUGUGCCAUCUGAGAAGUUUGAGGAUGACGAGAAGACAAUCUACACAGAGUACACGCCUCUCGGUGUUUGCGGUGCCAUCUGCCCGUGGAAUUUCCCUCUCGUCUUGAGCACCGGAAAGGUCGCGCCAGCUCUCAUGACCGGAAACUGCAUCAUUGUCAAGCCCUCACCCUUUACACCUUACACGGCUUUGAAGUUUGUCGAGCUAGCUCAGGAGAUUCUGCCACCAGGCGUUCUCCAAGUAGUUGGCGGCAACAACGAGCUCGGUGUUCAGAUGUGCCAGCACCCCGACAUUGCCAAGAUCAGCUUUACCGGCUCUAUCGCUACCGGAAAGAAGGUUAUGGAGACAUCUGCAAAGACCCUCAAGCGCGUCACACUCGAACUGGGUGGCAACGAUGCCUCCAUCAUUCUUCCUGAUGUCGACAUCAAGAAGACAGCACCCGAGAUCGUCAUGGGUGCCUUCCAGAACAGCGGCCAAGUAUGCGUCGCUACCAAGCGAAUUUACAUUCACGACUCCAUCUACAAGGAGUUCCUUGAAGAGAUGGUCAACUUCACCAAGUCCAUCAAGAUUGGAGGUCCAGAUGACGGCGACAACCUGCUCGGACCCGUUCAGAAUCAGAUGCAGUACGAGCGCGUGAAGGAAUACUUCAGCGACAGCAAAGCCAAGGGCUACAAGUUCGCCGCUGGUGAGCCCGACGUCGGCAGCGGAAAGGGUUACUUCAUCAAGCCAACCAUCAUCGACAACCCACCAAACGACUCCCGCAUCAUCCAAGAAGAGCCAUUCGGUCCCAUCGUGCCCACACAGCCAUGGUCCGAUCUUGAGGAAGUUAUUGCACGCGCCAACAACACAAACACCGGUCUUGGUGCUUGUGUCUGGGGCAAGGACGUCGAGCAGGCACAGAAGGUUGCGCGUCGCCUCGAAGCCGGCUCAGUCUUUGUAAACUCAUGGGAGAAGCCGACACCACAAGCGAUAUUUGGAGGACACAAGGAAUCUGGAAUCGGUGGCGAAUGGGGCAGGACCGGUCUCCUUGCGUACUGCAACCCACACGUCAUGCAUGUCUACAAGUCAUGA